CGGGAAUCCCAAUCACAAUCGCAGAGCUUAAGGGACCGCCGAAAGGUCUCGCACGGUUGAGCGCCCUUUGGACGUGUUUACAUUUUUACUACGAAAAUGAUUUUGUUAUUAAUUGAAAUUUUCCUUUGUGUCUGAGUGAAUAAAAUGUGGAACAGAAAAGGCCUCGAAAGUUGAGGCUCGGACAAAAAAAAAAAACGAGUUUGUGCUUUUGUGUACUGAGCAGCUGGGGAAAGCUGCUUGAGACAGCGUGGCGCUAAGAUUCUUUGGUGAACCGGCAAAAAUGAUCCUAAGGAUUAUAACGGCAACUACGAUCCUAGCAACGACAUGCUCGGUUUUACCUUCAUGUAAAAAAAACGAGUUCCAAUGUCUAAGUGGUCGUUGUAUAGGACUGCAUAAGUUCUGUAAUGGAGUUUCGGAUUGUGAGGAUGGCACCGAUGAAAAACCAGCUUGUACAUCUUGCAAUAUCUCAUACUACGGCCUCGUGGGACGCACAUAUCAAUUGGAAGUGAAAAAACCUCCCGAUUUGCCGUUUCUUUGUUAUCUCAACUUCACCGCUGGCGGAGGCGUUUUCGGCGAACUUGUACAGUUAUCAUUUGAGUCAUUCUCUAUUGGCACCUUCGAAUCUUUCACAACAGCAGGUUGUCCUGACGGCUAUAUUCAAAUAAAAGAAGCAAAUAGACCAUCUUCGGCAGGAAAAUGGUGCGGCAGUGCCUGGGGAUACACCGUUUACUACAGCGAAACGUCAAGUAUUAAUCUUACUUUGGCUAUGAACAGGAUACCGCAACAGCAAAGUUCCGCUUACAGCUUCGAAUUUAAACUUUCUUACAAGUUUUUGAAGUUGUCGGAUGCCAGGCUACGCUACGGGAAUCAGACCCAAAGGACUUACAGGGGUAAACUUAGUGUCGGAAGUUACUGCGAUCGUUUGCUCGAAGGUUGUUCCAGACGAAAUUGUAAAAUUCAAUCACCCAACUAUCCAGGGAUUUACCCGAGAAAUGUCACUUGCCAUUACAGGGUGAGAGAAAAAAAUGUGCCGGCAGACAAGCACGCCCUCAUAGCUAUCAGACAAUCGAAUUAUCAGUACAAAGAAAGCGCCCCUAAAUUUGACAGUAGCGGCGAUAAAAUGAUGAAAAUUUGGGAUAAAUGCAACAUGAUUCAAGACUACAUCGAAAUCUACGACGGCUGGGGCUCAUCGGCUACACCCCUGGCGCAUCUUUGCAGCGGAGAAACUAUUCCGGAAAUCGUUUCGAGCGGUCCAGAAUUGCUUUUAAAAUUUCACACGUCACCGUUUGGUAAUCCUUUUCAUCCUUUACCUUUGUCCUAUUUGCCUGGAUUUGAGCUCGAAGUUCGAGUAUUUUUUGUGAACAAAGACUCGCCUACGUAUAUAGUUCCUGGCAAAAAAUGUGAAUUUUUGAUUACGUCGUUUGAUAAUAUCACAGGUGUGCUAGAAAGUCCUGUGCACUCUUUGCCUCCGAAUACUACUUGUCACUACCAUUUGAGGGGCCAAUCAAAAGACAUAAUAUGGAUCUCCUUUCUAAAAUAUCACAUAAACAACGAAAAAAUUCACGAUUACAACAGCGGCGGGUGCGACAUUCAAUUGCAAAUUUGGGACGGCGAUCUCAAAAGUCGAAAUUCCGCCCAACUGAUUGGGCAAUUUUGCAAGGACGACAAACCCAAAUUGUGCGAUCACGCUUUACUGAGCAACUCGUCCAGAUUAACCAGACCUUGCAGUUUAUCCGAAAGCUACAUCAGCACAAAUUCAGACCUGACAAUAACCCACACCCUUAAAUACGGAACAGUCAUGUACCCAAUCCAAUUCAGCCUCCGAUACGAAUUCAUCGACUUAUCACAAGAAGGUCUACAAAUCAACAGGAGCCCGUGCGACCGCCUAUUCGCCGAAUCCAAAGGCCGAUUUUACUCGCCGAAAAUCACUUUCCUGUUCGGGCGAGGCGGCCAAAAAGACCUGAACUGUUUGUACCAAUUUGAAUCUGCCGAAGCGCAAAAUUUAAAGUUGACUUUCACCAAAGCAGGAUUCGGUCGCAAAGAUUGUCAAACGGAGUUUAAUCCAGAAGUGAAUCGAUGGCAAUGUAGUAGUAAAUCGGAAAUAGAUGGACGUGCCAUUAUUACAGUUUCGGAAUUUCCUUGGACCGAUAUCGAACUGAAACGGCAUUGUUUGUGUAGCAAUAUUACUGAUGAACCUUUUGUUAUUGUUAGUAAAGCUACAAGGAAGUUGGUUGUGAAAUUUACAGUUACAAAUAUGCUGAGUACUGAAGACUACAGCAGCUAUUUUUUCGAUGCCACUUUCGAAUUUUUAACUCCGGACAGUACAAAUAACUGCUUCAAUCCCUGGAAAAGUCGCAGAUUGCGAGGUUCAAGCGGAGAAAUCAGUAUAAGAAACGACAACCAAGAGCAUUUAAUGGAAAAAUUUGACAAUAACGAUAUUGCAAGCAAUCAAUCAAUAAGUUAUUGCUUACACCAACCAUGGCUCAUCGAACCCGAAGAAGAUUGCAAUUUUAUCUAUUUAAAAGUCCGUGGAAACGAACGCAGAGACUCUCGUCUUUGCCCAAGCAAAAAUCGCAUUCUAAUUUAUCCAGCAGGUCACUCGGAAGACUAUCAUGUAAUUUGUCCAUCAUCCAGUUCCGAUACUGUCGAGCUGUUUUCAGAAGGCUGGAGCAUGUUCAGCUACAAAAAACUGCAAAAUCGUAACGCACGAAGUUUCAUUAUAGAGUUUCUCCGAAGAGAACCUGGAAACUUUCUAAUAACUUGGAUGGAAAUCUCCAAAAAUCCCGCGUUGGCUCUACCGAGUCCCUAUAUCAGGGCACCGGACUGUCCUCACAGUUGUCCCGAAUUAGGGGCCUGUAUCAGUUCCAAAUUGUGGUGCGACGGCUUGCCGCACUGUCCCUCGGGAAACGACGAGCAGGAAUCCAAUUGUGCUGUGGCGUCGAAUUUUAUUUUUGCUCAUUUGAAUUCGAUUGCUCUGGGUGCAAUUGCUUUUGUGGUACUCGCUACUCUAGUGAUAGCUGUAACGGUGAUAGUGAAAAGUUGGAAAAGGGAUCAGAGAAAUGUGAUAGUGUCAGUGACUGAACAUACUUUUUUGGAGUUUAAGAGCGGGCUGUGUUAGAUUUUGUUUUUGAAUGAGAAUGAUGGCAGAAAUUAACAGAUUGGUCAAUUUUUUUAAAGAAAGUUCAAAUUUGGUUAUCUUUAAACUUUUGUUGUUGUUAAAGGUUUGUUCUUUUUAACCAUCCUCUUUUAUAAUUUGUCCUUCUUAGCUUGUAUUUUGUAAUUGAUCCCUACCUACAUAACUGAUAUAAGCAUAAGAGAAAAAUGUCUUAAUGAAACUUCCUGUGUAUAUUCCUUGUCCAUAUCUUGAUCUGUAAUAUUUUGUUGAGCUUAUUCUUGAAAAAGGAUAAUUUUAAAAUUGAUUAAAAGUAAGUUGUAAUUUUUGACUGAUGUAUAAUAAAUAAAAUGUUAAAUUGUAUAGUUGGCAAGUUGUUGAUGAAAAGAGAAAAUGUUGAGCAAGGUUUGUUAAGUAUUUGAUCUUGCAGAAGAUGAAACAUGAUAAUAAUGAUGAUGUCAUUUUUUUUAUAAUCUUUAAAUUGACAAUCGAUAUGUUAUAAGUACAAAAACACCGUUUUUGUUUGUUAAUUAUUACUGUUAAAAACACAAGUAAUAGCAAUAAAGAAACUGCAGGAAUAAUACCUUUGAUAAACAUAAUCAAUAUUGUAAAAAAAAUGUUAAAAGAAAAACUAUUAUGAUUGGUAUUAAUGAUGACUGACAAUAUCGUUGUAAAAUGUAAAUAUGUUUAGCGUUUUUUAUUAUAAAUAAAAUAAUGUAAUAAAAGAAAAUUUGCCUUUUUCUUCAAUGUCAAACAACUCCGGAUAAAUUUGAAUGAGCUAGAAGAAAAUAAAUGAACUCCUGCAAGGAAAUAAUGUUAUGAAGAGAAGAGAGUGAAG